CUCAUGCAUCGUCUGCUCGCGUGCAGAUGGGGAGAGAGGAGCGCACAAGCAAGGCUCACAUCACUACGAGGGUUAGCAGCCGGCUUCUGUCGCUCGAGAAACUGUCAGACUUCUGAACUGCCAGCGUGUCAAGAUGACCGCAGUCAACGGAGUAAACGGCGUGAACAAAGCAGCGGAAUCAGGCUGGAAGGUGGGGCUGAUAAACUAUGCUCAAAAAUACCUCACAGCCGAAUCGUUCGGCUGCAAGAUUAACGUUUCUGGCACCGGGCUGAAGAAGAAACAAACGUUUGUAUUGGUCCAAGACCCUGUGGAAGAAGUGUUGUACAUUCGAAGUCAUUUAGGCCGCUAUGUAUCUGCUGAUAAGUAUGGCAAUGUUACUUGUGAAGUGGAGGAGCCUGACCAAACAGAGAAGUUUGUUGUUGAAUAUGCUAAGGAUGGCUCGGGCAAGUGGGCCUUCAAAAACCAAGUGCAUGGAAAUUACCUCGGUGGCACCGACGACAGCUUGAAGUGCUUUGCAAAAACGGUUACUGACCGGGAAUUGUGGACCGUUCAGUUGUCCAUCCACCCACAAGUCCACCUGCGCAACGUCAACCGAAAGCGAUAUGCCCACGUGUGUGAGGACCAGCUGCAGGUGACACAGACCAUCCCAUGGGGGGAGAAAUCCUUGCUCUUCCUCGACUUUGUGGACGGCAAAUACGCGCUCAAAACCUAUGACAGCCGCUACCUGAGCACCACCGGGGAGCUGAGUCCCCAGCUGACCGAAGCUUGCAAGUUCACGCUGGAGAUCCGGUCUGGACAGAACGGAGGACUAGCCUUCCGCGACUCCGCAGGCUGCUACCUGACUGGAGUCGGUGCCACGGCUACCAUGAAGGGACGUAAUAAGACUGUCGGCAAAGACGAGUUGUUCACACUCGAGGACACGCAUCCCCAAGUAGUGUUGAUCGCUUACAAUGGCAAGAAGGUCUCCAUCAAGCAAGGUGUGGAUGUGUCGGCCAACCAGGAAGAUGAAGAAACAGACAAAGAAAUAUUCCAGAUGGAGUACGAACGUUCUUCUGGCAGGUGGGCCUUCCGCACCGUGGAUAACAAAUACUGGUCACUCGAGCCUUUGGGAGGCGUGCAGGGCGUUGGUUCAAGCAUAUGCCCGGAAACACUGUUUGAGGUGGAAUGGCUUGACGAUGGUAGCAUUGUCAUCAAAGCUAAUAACAACAGCUACAUCUACAACAAGCCCACCGGUAGUCUCACGGCCGGUAGUGAUUCUGCCACGGACAAGGAGAAGUUUCGGGUCAAGAUCGUCAACAGACCGAUCUUGGUCCUGAGGAGCGACUUCGGCUUCGUGGGUGCCAAGUCACCUGGGGCAGCCAAAGCCGACGUUGUGUGCAACAGAACCACCUAUGAGGUCAUCUAUGUGGAGUCUGCCAGCACCGGCGCCUAUCUUCUCAAAGCUGCCAACGGCAAGUACUGGGCAGUAGGCGAAGACGGGGCCAUCGUGGCAGACGGGUCGGCAAAGACCCAGUUCUGGCUGCAGUUCCGUGGCAACUCCAUGCUAACCAUCCUGGCCGACAAUGGAUGCUUCAUCAAGGGCGAGCAGAACGGCCUGUUCCGCGCUGUGGGCCGAGAGAUCGACCAGACCGUCCUGUGGGAGUUUUAACCCGCCCAUCGAGGAUUCCCCUUUACCAUUUGUCAGCCUGGACCGUCUCUCUCCCCAUCUUGUCCUCUCAAACAUGGCUCUGGUAGCCGUGCCCAUCUUGGAUUCGACCUUUUGGACGCUUUCGUCUUCAGGGCGUCCGCUGGA